AUCGACCCUUAUGUUUGCAAAACACAAGAGAAGACAAAGAAGAAACAGUCCGCACUUGUUGUAACUCGGACCCAUUUUCAGGUGGCAAACCCGUGUACUUCCGGUUAAAGCUUUUCGGUUGUCGUCUGAAGUGUUUACUGUUUUAGUAAAUAUGCAGCAACGAGAGGAGAAGCAGUUGGAAGCGUCUGUCGAGUCUCUGAUAUCUCGCGUGGCACAUCUGAAGAAUUCUCUACAGAGUUUCAUCUAUAAGCUGGAAAAUGAAUAUGACCGGCUGAAGUGGCCUUCGGUGCUGGACAACUUUGCACUUUUGUCUGGGCAGCUAAACACCAUCAACAAGCUGUUGCGUAAUGAGAAAACACCAUCUUACCGGAACCAAGUUAUCAUUCCCCUUCUGCUGUCCCCUGACAGAGACGAGGAGCUAGCAAAACUGACAGAGCAGCGUGUACCCGUGUUCAGCCAUGAGAUUGUACCAGACCAUCUGAGGACAAAACCUGACCCAGAAGUAGAAGAGCAGGAGAAACAACUGAGUGCAGACGCUGCCCGGAUUGGACAGGAACUAGCUCAGAAACAGAUCCAGACUCUGAACAAACUCUGCUCCAGCCUUUUGGAGAAGCUCAAUAGCCCUCGAGAUGACAGAGACGCAGAAUCUUCAGCUAUGCGCCAGAACAAACAAUGGUUCAACCCAACGGACACCAACGCCCUGGUGGCGGCAGUUGGCUUUGGGAAAGGCUUGUCUAAGUGCAGACCGCCUUCUUCAGUGGCUCCUGGGCAUCCGGGACAGACCAUGAUGACGGGGGGACCCACACUGCAGCAGGUGACCAUCGCUGGGGCUCCUGGACAUCAGACAGGCAUCGGAGCAUCUGUGACACAGCAGCAGCCUGGCCAGCCUGGGAAAAUGCCAAGUAGCAUAAAGACAAAUAUCAAGUCGGCCUCAGCUUCAAUGCAUCCUUACAACAGAUAACUGCAGAAACAGAAGAAUGUUCUACUUGAGCAUCUAUAUCAAGCAGAGCAAAAUUUUGCUUAUGUGUGUAUGUGUGUAUGUGUGUGUGUGUGUGUGUGUGUGUGUGUGUGUGUGUGUGUGUGUGUGUGUGUGUGUGUGAAUUUAUGUAGGUUUUUUCUUAUUAAACACACCCUUGUUCUUUCUACUUAAGUCCUAUGUGAAUUUCUAUCUCUUUUCUCUCUGUUCAUUUGGUUUGGCAUCAAAUCCUUUUCCCACAACAUUUCAUUGGCUGUUUUAAAUUUGUCUUUAGGGAGCAAACUCCUCCAUCUGUUUGACACGACUGUUGCAGUAACAUAACUGUUGAAGUGCAUGUUUGUGUACUAAGGGUUUUUGUUUAUUAUCAUACAUUAUUAGCACGUUAUCAUGUUAAAAGUCCGACAAAGACAGACAGAAACAUGUCACACUUUUUCUCAGUGUUUGUACCUCCAAGCUCUGAGAGGAAGUCUACAAGGUUUUUUUUGAAACAUUACUGAAACAUAUGGUCAUGUGUUCGUUUAGGAGACAACAGACUAAAAUUUUGUCAAAUAAAGAAGGAAAAUGUAGAUUCCAGUA